AUGUAUAAAGCCUUCCUGGAGGAGGAGGCCCUGGAAGGGGACCCCAUUCCCGAGGAACUCUACAAGAUGCUGAGUGACCACUCAAUCCGCUCCUUCGAUGACCUCCAGCGCCUGCUACACGGAGACUCCGUAGACGAAGACAGAGCCGAGUUGGACCUGAAUUCGACUCGAUCCCUUUCUGGAGGCGAGCUGGAGAGCUUAUCCCGAGGGAGAAGGAGCCUAGGUUCCCCGACGGUCGCCGAGCCAGCCAUGAUCGCCGAGUGCAAGACACGCACGGAGGUGUUCGAGGUGUCCCGGCGCCUCAUAGACCGCACCAACGCCAACUUCCUGGUGUGGCCGCCCUGCGUGGAGGUGCAGCGCUGCUCCGGCUGCUGUAACAACCACAACGUGCAGUGCCGUCCCACCCAGGUGCAGCUGCGGCUUGUCCAGGUGAGAAAAAUCGAGAUUGUGCGGAAGAGGCCAGUCUUUAAGAAGGCCACGGUGACCCUGGAGGACCACCUGGCGUGCAAGUGUGAGACGGUGGUGGCUGCACGACCCGUGACCCGAAGCCCAGGGAGCUCCCAAGAGCAGCGAGCAGCCAGGACACCCCAGACUCGGGUGACCAUUCGGACGGUGCGAGUCCGCCGGCCCCCCAAGGGGAAGCACCAGAAGUUCAAGCACACGCAUGACAAGAAGGCAUUGAAGGAGACCCUCGGAGCCUAG